AUGUUCACCUCAGUGCUUGGAGAAGCUUGUCUGAGUGAUGCGAGACGAGAUACCCUCGCCAAGACCGCAUGCUCUGCCUUGGUCUUGAGCACUCCUUUUCUUCUCACUUAUCUUCUCACCUCCAUCCGCUUUCUCUGGCAGAAUCAGCGUUACGAGAAGCUAGGAAGUAGACAGCCUGUCAUACCUCCAUACUUUGUUCCAGGACUUGGCCAUGCCUAUGCGAUUCUCUUCAACGCUGAGAAAUUCCUUCGUCCUCUACAGUCUCGCCUACAUGAUACCGUGAUAUCCCUCUCAGCACCUGCAAGUUCGCUUUGCUAUGUUCUUCCCGGCGAAGGCGUGCGGUCACUCUUCAAGGGACCUCGAGACCUCGUCCCAGUCCCUGGGAUCUUCGAAGCAUUGACAAUCUUCUUCGGCUUGGAAGCGGUGGACUAUCAUGUGUUCGACCAUGGUCACAUCUCGGCAUUCGAGAGGCGUGACGACGCAGGACUCUCAACUUCUCAUCCGGACGCAUCCCGAAGGAUCAUGGAACAUCAACGAAAAGACUUCAUCACCUUCUUGAACGGGGAGAAUCUGAGGCUUGUGAUGGACAGAUUCUCUUCCAACCUCAGUCAACGACUCAGCCCACAGAACGCUUCUAUUUCUAACCAAGAUCCCGUCGUCCUCCCUGAUUUGUACAAGUUCAUUCGCGGCGCUAUCUUCCGUGCGGAAGUCGAGGCGCUGUAUGGGAAGCACAUCUUCAGGCUUUGUCCAUCAUUUUGUAAAGACUUUUGGGCCUUUUACGAUGCAUUCCCUGUUGUCUCACGCGGGAGCCCACGAUGGAUGUAUCCGUCCCAGUACCGUACGCGCGACCGGAUAAUCGGGAGUCUGAGCAAGUGGAGAGUCUGGUGCAACUCGAACAGUAACAAUGAUGAUGCGGAACCGGGUGAUGCUGAGUCUGAUCCUAUCUGGGGCACCCGCUACGUGAGGAACAUGGUUCGGCGCUAUGAGGAUCUCGGGUUCUCGGAUGCCGGAACGUCGAGUGUCAUUCUGGGCUUCUUAUUUGUAACAACUGCAAACACCAUUCCAGCAGCCUGCUGGAUGGUGCUGCAUGCUCUCCUGGACGCAACUCUUACGUCCAGAUUAAGGCACGAGUCAGGCAUUAGAGACAACAGCGAGGAAGAAUCACUGGACUGCACAGCAUUAUCAUCAGCUCCGCUACUCAACUCAGUCUACCGAGAAACAUUACGGCUUCACGUUGCCGGCGCUAUCGGCCGCAAAUCGGUCGGUGCCGGUCUCCGUCCCCACGGGGAUUCCUUCUCCACUCUGCCAUCGGGGACCACCGCCUUAUCAGCAAACUGGCUGGGCGGGCUCGACGGAGCCAUCUGGAAUACGGGCCGGACCAUCAACGGGGUCGAAGAACACUCUACUGAGUCCUUCUGGGCGGAGCGGUUCCUCGAGUACCCCGAUGAUCCGACAAGCGGCCCGCUUCGGAAAUCCAGCUCGGCGAGGUACAGCUACAAUGUAUCGGAGAAGUACGUGCGCGACGAUUCCAAGGCCAAACUGUCGAAUCCGUCAGCGUUGCGAGGGCACUUUUUCCCCUUUGGAGGAGGCGCUUGGAGAUGUCCGGGCGAGACUUUGGCGAAGAACACUAUUCUCGUCUCCGUCUUUCUCAUUUUAAGGGACUUCGACGUGGAAAUUCUGGACAAGGCGGAUGGGGCCAAAGCUCGGUCACAUCAUCGAGCUAUGCCAUUUGGAUCGCAUGCAUUUGAUAGAGAGAUACCGGUGAGGAUUCGUCCGAGAUGUUGA